AUGCAACCAACAUAUUUGUAUACAUCUGAUUUUGAUAAAGAAGUUCGAUGGCGUUCAGAAUUUUCUACGGGAGUACCAAUUCUAUUAGGAAUUUUGCAAAUGUUAUUAACAGUUGCUAUUAUUGGUCUUGAAAUAGCAUCAGUCAUAAUAUCACCUAUUCUUGGAACACUUUAUGCUGGAUUUUGGUGUUCAGUCAUUUUUAUGUUGUCAUGGAUAUCCAUGCUUGGAUUAGUUUGUUGUCAUCGAGCUCGUAAAUGGACAUCAUUUAUGUUUUUUAUAUCAAUUCUUUGCGCUGCUGCUGCUAUAGCUCUGAUUGUGUUAGACAUAUUCUUUAUUAGAGAUAUAGAUAAAUGUUUUUUCUUAAAUGUUACGUGUAAUGAAUUAGCAUUAUCUUAUUUUCCAUUAUUAUUUAGUCAACCACUUGGAAGAAAAGUUCAAGUUUUAAAAGUGCAAUUAACAUGUGCUGCAUUAAUGUUAGUAACAGCUAUUUUGUAUAUGCUUCUUUUCAUUUCUACAAGUAUGGCUGUUCGACGUGGUACUAGUCGAGUACUUUUUGAACAUCAUCAAUUACCAGCACAACUUGUUGGACAAACUAGUAGAUAUUCACCAACAUCACAACCAUCGAAAUCAACCUCGGUACCUGUUACUUAUGAGCCGAGUCGAAUUGAAUGCCCUCAUUGUGGAAAAUUGAUUAAAUUAACACAAAAGAAACGAUAUGCUUAA